GAGUGAGGACUUACACCUCGAACUUUAGAGGCAGCCGAUAAGCUACCUAUUACUUAUAGCUUACGAGUUAUGUGACGGUUACAAACCAAAGAAUAUAUCGUUUUCAUGUAGCGCUGUGUGAUGCAAGGCUAUCCGCUAUCUAGAAUAAUGAACGCCCACCCCUCUGCUCUCCUCGUGAUAGUCAGCCUCCUCUCAUACUUCAGCUAACGGCAGAAACAAACCUGCUUUGUUUACAACCCAGCUAAGAUAACCUACUGUGUAAAAAAAAAAAAAAAAGUAGCAGUUUGUCAAACAUUUUCUCUCCUCAGAACUGAAGUAGUUUGUGGUCUCUAAAAACGGACCAACGGUUCGCAUUUGGCUAUCAAGCUCAUACUGCGACACGUUGCUCGGAUUGAUUUGUUGCCAUGGCUACAGCGCAAGGUGGCGACGUAAUUAAAAGUCGUUGAUUAACGACGACUCUUCUUCCGCUGUCGCCUCUAGGCGUCGUUCGGCUUCAGAGAGAGAAAAACUCCUGGUUACAGGGGGGUAAAAAUACUCUCCGCUGCUCUUGCAUCAGAAGCACUCCGUGGUAUUUUUGGGAGCUUCUCCUUUUUGCCUCGGAGGGUUUACGGGCGCCUGUCGCUUCAGGGGGACUGCUCAAACCGGGAGCUUGGUUUGAACAUGCAAAAGAAAAGCAGCGCAUGUGGACAGCCGAGAGUAGGUCUGAAGAAGGACCGAGUCAGAAUGAAAUCUUGAACUGAUCUUUGUGAAGACAUGGAGGAGGCUGAAGCGUCCAGUCCCGUCGAGUGCGUUGGGUCAGCGGUGACUGCUCCCAGGAGGGAAGCUGUGUCCCCGAGGCGGGAUUUGGCCGGGUUUGGAUAACUUCUUAGGCUACAGUUAAUGAUGAUGGAAAAUUCCCUGAACUGAUCAAAACUUUUCAGAGCAGAAAUGGCCGCUUACAACGUAUUGUACAAAUUUUUCCCUUAAAUAUUUGAGUCUUUUGUGUGCAUGCAUUUGAGAGAUGUGGAGCGCCUUUAUGAACGGCGCCGGGCUGCAGGCUGGCGGCGGCGGGGGAUACGUGCAGUCCCAGGGAUGGGAGUUUGUGCCUCGCUCCAGGAUUGAGAAGGCAGACAGGGGCAGGGGCAAAAACCGCAACCCGCUUAGGAGAAUCUCCUCUCCGCCCACAGUUUUCAGCCACAUCCAGGAGCCCCCGAUCGGCUCUUCGCAAGCCAGGGGAGAGGGAGGGGGAGGGACCCAGGAGCUUGAGGUCCUCAGGGGACAGCUGUGGCCGGGGCCCGGUCCGCAGCAACAGCAAACGCGGCUUAAAAAGAAACUGGAGGAUCUGAAAAAACGACACGUUCAGGAUAAAGAAGAAUGGAUGCGUGAGAAGGAGUCGUUAUUGAGACAAGUGGCUGACAUCCAAGGUGGGGAGAACAGGAGGAUUCUGCUGGACUUGAAGACGGUUUUGGAGGAGGUGCAGGCGGAAGUGAAAAAAGAGGAGGAGAAGAGGAGCGAGCUCCAGCUGCAGUACACCAGAGACAGAUGUGCCUGGGACAUUGAGAAGGCUGAGCUGAAAUGCAGGAUUGCACAGCUGGAAGCUAGAGAAGCCACAGGAUUGGUGAGUGGAGGACUCCAGUCAGCUGUGGGUCUCGGAUCAGUGACGUUGCAGAGUCCCCGCAAAUCGAACAGUGAGACCUCAACACUCUGCCGGGAAAGGGAAGAGCAACGGAGGAUCGUGGCAGAAACGCAUUCAACAGCCAUGGACCUGCGCUGCCGUCUGGAGCACAGCGAGAGGGACUGGUUAAAGGAGAAGGCCGAGCUGCUGGAAAGGUUUGAUGGCGAGAGGAGAGAGUGGGAGAGCCAGCUGAAGGAUAUGCAGAGGAAAAUAGAAGAGCUGUACUUUGAGGUGAGAUCCAGUCGAGGAGGGGUGACCCUGGACAGCAUGAGGCCGGAUGACAAUGCGGUGCACAGACUCAGCAUGCACUCGACCAGCACAGGCUCUAGCCUGCUCAGCGACAACUCCCGGUCCGAGCUGCUCAGUAGCAGCACUCAGUCAGAACCUGCCAGAAACCCGCCUUCACCAGGAUUAGUUCUCAACAGAAACAUCAGCACUGAAAGUGACGCCUGCUUCCAAGCAGACAGCCUGUGUCGAUUUAAUGUGGGUGUUCAGUUCAGUCAGAGUGGCCCCUUAAAACCUGAGCUUUUGGUUGAACCACGAUCAGAAGAAUCCUGGAAGCAAGACUUAUCAGGUGAUAAUAAAAAAGCUGUGGAUACAAAAGAACUGGAGGCUUUUUAUUGCGGUUCUUCUGGGCGUGGGGCGCCACAGGAAUAUGUUUCUAUAAGGAGUGGAAAAGGAGUCCAUGAAAUUCCUCAAAGUCCUCUCUGGGCCGAACUGAGUUAUGGCAGUGACAAAAAAAAGAGCACUACUGCUCUCAAUGCUGCUCUGAAGGAAAUAGCUCGUGUAAGUGAGGAGCUUUGUAGCUACCAGGAUGAGAUCAGAAAAAAGAGCGGAGAUAAGAGGAACCAGUCUGAAUCCCUGUGUUCAUCGGAGAGACAUGACAAACGCUUCCUGCAGGUUGAAGAGGCUUCUUGUGACCUUGGCCAGAUCUAUGAUGACCUCCAGGCUCUGCAGCGUGAAAACUGGAUAACGUUGUCACCAGAAACCACCUGGAGAGCCAACAUAAGUUCAAGUGACACCUGGAUGGCAAACACUGCUGAUCCAUAUAGAUACAGAGACACAGAAACAAGUUCUGGAGGAUACUCUGACAUGGAGGCAGCAGCUCCACCCAUUCCUCCUCGCACUUCCUCCUGGAAUCUAAGCUCCUCUAAUCCAGACACAGAGAUCCACAUCGCAGAGUCCCCUUUGCCCACAGUGAGGAAGUGCCAUAGCCCCUGUGUUCUGUUGGACAGAAAGUGUAACAGCCCAUCCAUUGUCAGGAAGUUUGAGGCGAUGCUUCAGGAAAAUGAGGGAAAGGUCUUUAAAGAUGGCGUGUUAACAUCAUGCUCCAUCCCUUCGAGCUCCAACUGUAACACAGGCUGCCUCCUUAAUCGCUGGUCGUGUGAUGCAAGCAAGUUGAUCCCCAAUAAAUUAUCGACAGACUGGACCGUCCAGAAAAGCUUCUCUGAGGUCAACAUAUUGACUGCUGGGAAAGAUCUGUGCCCAGAGAAGAACUCUGAUGCUGGAAAGCUACAAACGUUUCCAGUUAUCCACGAAUUCCCUGUGGAUUCAGUCUCACAGGAAAUACAAUCUGUUAUGCCCAGCCUCAAGGGCUCCAGAAGAAACCUGAUGCUGGAACGAAAAACAGCCGAGUUCAACAGAACUUUGUUUCAGGCUGAGAUGGGUCGUGGUGUAGAUGUACAAGACCAUUAUACAAGAUCAAAGACCUGUUCUGAGGCUUGCAAACCAGUCCUUGCAACAUCAGUUCAUAUAUUACCAACCAAAGAUGCUACAUCUCCAUCUAUUUGUUCUGAUGGCUCCACUAACAUUACAGAUUCAUAUCCUGAUGUGUCAUUGUCACCCUCUAUCUCAACGUCUACCAUACAGAACCCCAAAGUGGAACAAGUGCAAAUGAGGUGUACUACCAAAGUUCAAGAGUUCAGGAAGAAGCCAGAAACACCUUCUGACCUCUCACUGGAAGAGCCACAGGCUGGACUCAUGGAGGCUCCAAAACCUUCUCAGAGUUCUGAGGUCAAGUACAAACUGCGGAAAGCGGGCAGCUUUUCCAAGAAAUCCCAACAAAGCGCAACCGCUGAGCCUCUUUCUUCUGCAGUUACCAUGCCAGAUGAAUCUGUGGAAAGUUCCAACUCUAAGAGGGAGAAUUCAGAUGAAGUAAGGCCUCAGACAACCAGAGCCAGUGUCUCGCCCGUUCAGCUAGCUGCUGAGAGCAAGAAAAGACAGGUGACACAGCCAAGACAGAGAUCUAGCUCUCCUUACCAGUCCGACUCCUGCAGACCUGUCCCUCGCAUCAUGAAUGAGCAUCCCUGGAAGCCUCUCACUCUUGCUGCAUACCCUCGACCAGAGGGUUCCAGAUCCAACUAUGGUGCCGUGGAAAGGAUUCUGAAAAAUUAUGAGAGCGCAGCUCGAGCACAACAGAAUGAGAUGGUUUCCAACCCCACAGAGCUGGACAUGGCUCCUCUGCCUUUAGGUCCCACUCUGAGACACAUGCAAACAUCACCCACCACCCAGAUUGACAGCCCAACUGCCCAAGUCAGCCUCCACGGUGUCAAGGAGGUGCAGCUCACGGUACAGGAGGACGAAGAGCCGUCUGCCACUCCUCCCUCCACCCAGAAGAACUUUUCAAGGCCCGCUCGUCCUGCCAACCGCCGUCUCCCCUCCAGAUGGGCCAGCCACUCCCCCACUUCAUCUUCCUCUCCCUCAUCCUCUCCAUGCGCCACCCCAAUCUUGCCCAAUUCCUUUCCCCUCAAGAAACACUCUUCAUCCUUUACUUACACACAUGGCUUUCACAUAGAGACCGUCAUCAUUUGACACUGCAUGUUAUGUUUUGGAACCAACCAGAUCCCCUUUACUGACAAACUCUGAACUUGUUAACCUUUUUUUUUGUUUUUUUUGUUGUAUAUGCCAAAUCCAAAUUACAUACUCACUACUAAACCCUUUAUUCCAAAUGUAAUCAUCAACUAACUGUGUUUAUAGCAUCCUGUGGAACAGACCUGAUCAAGAAAAGGCAAAUAUAUCCAAACAGCUGCAAAUAUUGUCAUUAUGCUACCACUAAACUGCCAGGCAUGAUGGACAGUCCCGGUAGAUGUUAGAAAUGAUUAUCUCUGCUCAGGUCUGGAUUCCAGCUUUGACUACUGUAGCAUUAUAGAAAUACUUAAAAGUCUUUUACUAACUUCUCCCUACUAUGAACUAGAUUUACAACCUAAAAGAAUUUGUAGGUUAUAUUAAAAUUUGUUAUAAAUAUACGGUACAUGGAACAUGCAGCAGUGUGUUCAGCUUAGAGACAGACAGAAUGGAUCAAAGACUUCCCUGAGAAUAAUUUACCAAGAGCAAAGUAGCCUGCAGUAUAUGACUGGACUGUACCUUGACUGUGACCAGAAUAUUUAGUUUUUUUAUUGUUUGACUUUUCAUUUAUUAUUAAGCAAAAAAACAAGUUUAUUUUUAGUGAUAGCUGCAUAAAAAUAGGACUUUUUUUACAACUGUACUAAAGGCUAGUUUUUUGUGCAUUUUCCAGCUAUUUUAAUGGCAUUGUUUGAAAUAACAUUCUCUUUUCUCCAAUUUCUUACAUUUUUUUUAAGGUUUGUGUCAACUUCAUUUAAAAAAGUGCAUUAUUAUUAUUUUUUGCUUAACACUUGCUCAUAAAGAAAAAUAGGAAUGCCUUUUUUUUUUUAUCUGAAUAAUCUGAAUCUGUAUAAUCAUAUGUCAGGAUGUUAACCAUCUAAGCAGUGUUUUUUUUUUUUUUUUUUUUUAUGGCUGAAAGGUGGUGAAACACAAUGACUUUGCUGUCGGUUUCUUAUAAUAAACACAAGUUCCCAAAAAUGUCUCAAAUGUUGCAAAAGUAUUUGUCCCCCUUGAAAUUUUUUACAUUUUAUCAUGUUAUAAGCACAAAUUUCAGUAUAUCUUGUUGGGAUGUUAUGCAACAGACUAACACAUAGUAUUGCGUAUCUGGGAACUUGAAAUAAAUUGAAACAUGGCUUUAAUUUUUUUUAAUUUUACAAAUAAAAAUCUGAAAAAUGUG